AUGACUUCUUCGGCAACGUAUUGUAUCGGUUCGGUGAUAUCGGUGGAUUGUACUGAUGAGUCGUGUAUACAAGGUCGACUGGCCGCUGUCGAUCGCACAACAAAUUCAAUCACUAUUGAACGUGCUUUUAAGAAUGGGCAUCCUUUGAACGAGAAACUCUUAUCGCUGCCAAUAGUCAAUAUCAAAAAUGUUAAGAUUUUGAAAUUGAACAGUCAGUCGUCGUCGAGUAAUGCAACGUCGAGUAAGACCAAUAAUGAGGUAAUAUUUUGGGUUUCUAAAGUUUAG